ACUUUUUUACUUUUUGUCAAGCCGCCUUGGCUGCAGCGGGUGAUUUGUAAGUUCGCGACGUACCCUUCCUAUUAUUGUGGUACGGCUGUGCUGUCAACUUUGUGGGACCCCUCUGGCUGUAGCCUUUGUCUUUUUCGGAGUUGCUCUGCUGGGAACCACUGCUACAAUGUACUACACUACUACAUGUAUUGGCGGAACUCUGGCAUGUGCGGUACUGUACCGUAGGUGCAAAGUAAGUUUCGAGAAAGCUACUACUAGUAAUUCGAGCUUUGAAAUCAGGACCCAUGGACUGAUGUGAUUCAGCGCUAUGAAAUAGCGAAUGCAUGUCAAAAGAGAUGUACUGUACGAGUACCUGGUACAUGAACCUCCUGCCCCGGUAUCAGUACACUCGUAGUAACAAACAGCCUCAUCAGUCUUCGCAACCAUGAAUGAUGAGGUCCAGCCAAAGUCACUCAAUCACGGAAAGAUCCAGAAUGCAAUGUCAGACUUACUUGUGUAGCUUUCGGGAUUCCCCAUUUGCCCUGCAAUCAUAGCUACCAACAAUACGAGUGUUGGAGCGUUGGAGCGGUUCGGUAUAUUUGAACGUUCCAUUGCCAACAACUCGGGUGAUGUAUGGGCCAUCUGCCUAUGAAGCGCACCAGAGCAAUUGCCGUCAGCUUCAGUUCGGAUCGCUUUGGAUUUCAAUUGGCGGUGUUGUGCUGGACGCUUCGAUAGAUUAUUGAUAAGAUCAUCACUGUCGAAGGCACAAUAAUUAUUUGAUCAAAACGCAGUAAAGAAAGAAAAGAUUGACGAUUGAAAGAAACAAACAUACCGGUAGAAUUAUUCAUCGACCAUGGCUCCAACUGGUGCCACAAAGGAAGAGAACAAACUCAUGAUGGUGGCAGUCGAGUUCCAUGAUGACAACGAUGGGAAUGUCACUGCUUUGAAAGUCCCAGAGGGGACAAAAUUGACCGAAGCCGCAGCGAUGGCAGGCGUCACCAUCCCAACGCUUUGUCACCAUCCCAGGCUGACCCCUGUUGGAAAGUGCGGUGUCUGCGUCUGUGCCAUUGAAGGAGGACCCACCCCGACACAGUUGGCCUGUUCCUCUGUGUGUAGACCCAACGAAGACGGAUCACCCCUCAAGGUUCAUGUCCAUGGUACAAUGUUGAAUGGACUCGCUAACGCAGCCCUUCGGCGCAACUUGGACUUGUCCAUCAGGAACAAGGUGAAAAGAUUCCAAGCAAACAGGGGAAAUGCUUUUGCGCCAUGCGGUUCCUUGGAGAUUGAGGACUUGGCGAAGUGGAUGAACGAGUCCAAUGUGGAUACAAGCUCCAACUGCAUUACUUACGACCCAUCCCUUUGCAUUGGUUGUUCGAGAUGUGUCCGCGCCUGUGACCAACUGCAAGGUAUGAAAGUCCUCGAAGCCCCCCUGCCCACGGCGAACCCCCCAGCCGUUGGUAUUGCCCAGGCCCCACCUUGCAUGACCACUCAAGCUGGUCGUCCUCUCAAGGAGACAGACUGCAUCGGUUGCGGCCAGUGCACCGUCUUUUGUCCGACCGGCGCCAUCAAAGAGGUCGAUCACACGGCCAAGGUUAUGAGGGCCCUGUUGGAUCCUGAAAUGGUUGUGGUCUUGCAAACAGCCCCGAGUGUCAGAGUCACUCUGGCCGAGAUGUUUGGUGGUGCGCCCGGGGAGUGCUCAGAGGGAAGGUUGGUGGGAGCUGCAAAAGCAUGUGGCUUUCGAUUUGUCUUUGAUACCAAUCUUUCCGCAGACCUGACUAUCAUGGAAGAAGCCAACGAGCUUCUGAAACGUAUUCAAGUUGCAGAAAGUGGCACCGAAGAGGAAAAGAAGAAAAUGCCACUGCCCAUGUUCACGUCUUGUUGCCCUGGAUGGAUCAACCUGGUCGAGCAGUCCUAUCCCCACCUUAUUCCCCAUCUCUCCACGUGCCGAUCACCAAUGGGCAUGUUGAGCUCCAUCAUCCGACAUCAUUGGUGGCCCAAGCAAGUCACCAUUUCCACCCAGCACGGAAAGAAAGCUAUCGAGGGGUUCACGUCCAGUGGUGUUUUGGUGGAAGAAGUCGACCAGUCCAAGUUAUUCGUCGUGGCUGCGAUGCCCUGCACGGCCAAGAAGGAUGAAAUUGCUAGGCGACAGUUCCAAAUGUCGAAUGGCCAAUAUGAAACAGAUGCGGUUCUGACUGUCAGAGAGUUUGCUCGGCUGAUCGAACUUCGCGGAGUCGCGCAGCGCAAUGACUACGAGACCUUCAGAAAGAUCCCUGACCUUGUGUACGACAACCCUUUCGGGGAAUCGACUGGAGCUGCUAUGAUCUUUGGUGUCACUGGUGGAGUCAUGGAGGCUGCACUGCGAACAGCGGCGGACGUUCUGCAUGGUUCGAGCUUGGACGAUGUCAAGUAUGAUGCCGUGAGAGGAUUGUUCGGGAUCAAAGAAGCCACAGUGAAGCUAGGACCGGACAAGGAAAUUGCACUGAAUGUCGCUGUCUGCCAUCAAAUGAGGAAUGUGCGAGAGUUCCUCGAGACAAUUGAGCAAGGCGAUGCGAACUAUCACUUCAUUGAGAUAAUGACAUGUCCUGGAGGCUGCAUUGGUGGUGGAGGCCUCCCACAAAGUCGAGACCCUAAGAUCUUGUCAAAGCGAAUUGACUCAGUCUAUCAAAUGGAUGAGCGAAUGGUGAAACGCAAGUCGCACGAAAAUGUGGCCGUCAAAGAGUUGUACGAUCGUCUCUUGGGCCAGCCGUUGUCCCAUACCUCUCAUGAGUUGCUUCAUACACAAUACACCGCAAGGCCCCGAAAGCGCCCAGUUGCGCUCAAAGCCCCUCCCAGUUCUGAUAUUUACGAAUUGGAUGGAGACACAACGAAUCGCAUCGUUAUUGUGUAUGGCACACAGAGUGGAACAGCAGCACAGGCUGCCAAGGAGAUUAAGCUGGAAUUACAAUCAUUUAUCUCACGAUCCAAAGUGUCGCCCGAGCCCAACAUCUGCCUCGUGGCUGCCAAUGCUCUCCACCCUGGAAAACUUGUGGAAACUGUUCGUGACACAAUGGCCGCAAUCUUUGUGACCUGCACAUUUGGGGAAGGAGAAUUCCCCGAGGUGAUGCUGAAGCUGUGGGACCACUUGGAGAAUCAGUGCAACAAGCAUACAUUCCCAGAAGGAUCCCUACGUUACGGUGUGUUUGGUCUGGGAUCUUCGAUGUAUGCGGUGGGAGAUCAAUUCAAUCGCGCUGCCAGGCGUCUGGAUACGAGAUUGGAAGAGUUGGGUGGAGAGAGAUUGAUCGAUGUUGGACUUGGAGAUGACCAAGCAGCGGAGCUGUACAGAGGGGAGCUUGACAAAUGGUUGGAGCAGGUGCAGCCCAAGCUGUUUGGAAAGGCGUCAGGAGGGCGUUCGUAUUUGGACCCUCCAGAGCCGUUGUUCAGGCUCUCUUUGGCGCCUGGAUUCCAUGGACGCCACUUUAGGCCCUUGCCACCCGACUAUCAUUUCGUCAAGCUGGCGUCGUCAGAGUCAGUGGUGUCGGAGGGAUACGAUCGACCAGCCGCCCUGUUCUCCUUUGAUCUUGCAGAGACAGGGCUGGAGUACACGGUUGGUGACCAUUUGGCUGUUUUGCCCCGAAACCCUGAUGCCGCAGCGGACAGGAUUCUUGCAUUGUAUCACCCCGAUCUGGAUGGCUCCAACGUACUAUCCGUCGAGGCUGUGGAUCCACUUGGGGACUGCCCCUUCCCACCCACCCUGACAGCCAGAGAAUUGUUGACGCAGUACCUGGAUCUGUGUGGAAGGCCGUCAAGGAGCUUCUUCCGACAGCUUCUCAUGUUUGCUAGGACCGUUACCGCUCGUAAUAAGUUGCGGGAGCUGUGCGAGAGAGAUGACAAAGCCACCCAACCAGAUCGCCUCGAGAUGUACACUGCAAACCACACCUACGCAGAUGUCCUCUGUGAGUUUGCUGCAACAUCACUGCCUCCGUUUGAGUACCUCCUCUCGAUGAUACCAAGCAUCACACCUCGUCUGUAUUCGAUUGCGUCUUCGCCGCUUCUCCGAAAGGAACGGUUGGAAUUGCUCGUUGUGCUGAACCAGUGGCACGACGGCAACAAUGAGUUCAGGGUUGGUUUGACGACUCAGUUCCUGUUUGGGUUGGAGAUUGGAGAUAGAGUCGCAGUGCAGAUAAGGACUGGUAUACUGCAACCACCAGAAGAUACCGUGACCCCUCUCCUCAUGUUUGGAUUGGGAACAGGAGUGGCUCCCUUCCGCGGCUUCUUGCAACAUCGUCAGGCCUUGCUGGAACAAGAAGACGCGAAGCUUGGUCCUGCCACAUUGUACGUUGGUUUCCGCCACGAGAGCUUUGACUAUUACUUGAAGGACGAUCUGCGUUCAUGGCUGGACCAAGGGGUGUUGACAGCGCUCCACCCUGCCUUCUCACACGACAACUUGGAGGAACGAAAGGGCAAGAUGUAUUUCAUCUCGGACCUGAUUGUCGACAAGCCAGAAGACAUGGCUAAGGCUUUGCACAUUGACAAGCACGACAACGAAGUACAUGCCUAUUAUUGCGGGCCAGCACUCGGUAUCCCUGAAACGAUUCAGAGUUCCAUGACGAACGCCAUCAGCAGAGGCGAUGGUGGAGCAUUGGACGAAGAAGACGCCGAGGCAUUCAUGGACAGAUUGGUUCGAAAAGAAGAUCGAUUCCACACCGAGUGUUUCUAGGUAGUACCCGGCCAGCAGCUGUUAUGGCGCAAGACACGAAUAUACUUUUGUUUGGUGGUGCAUGUAUGUAUUCUUGAAUGCCCUGCCCGCGAAGCAACAACGAAGGAGCCAAACCAAAGCGUUACAUCAUUGUCUUAGAAACAUAUCCUCUAUAAGAAGGCUCUUCAUAAGAACCUACUUUUGAACGGCAGUGUUGGUAUCAUACUAGUACCAGGUAGCAGCUACCGGU